AAGAAGAAACAGAGAGCAGCUGCUCCUCGUGUCUUCUGUCCGGGCGAUGGCGAGGCCGAGCCACAGCGAUCACGUCCUCCAGCAGCUCAACAACCAGCGGGAGUGGGGCUUCCUGUGCGACUGCCUCAUCGCCAUCGGAGACAUCUACUUCCGGGCGCACAAGGCUGUGCUGGCGGCCUGCAGCUCCUACUUCCGGAUGAUGUUCAUUCGGGACCAGCAGGCGGGGCGUCUGGACCUCAGCAACAUGCAGAUCAGCGCCGAGUGCUUCGACCUCAUCCUGCAGCUCAUGUACCUGGGUCGUAUCGUGGUGGGGAGCUACGAGUUCGAGGAGCUCAAGGCCUCCAUGGCGUACCUGCAGAUGUACUACAUCCCCGACUCGCUGGAGGAUCUCAGGGACAUCAGGAGCUCCAACCUCACCCCGUCGUCUUCAGCCUCCACCGCGUCCAGUUCCUCCACCGGUCUCACCGGCGGGAAGAUGAUGUUUGGAGUCCGGAUGUACGAGCAGCAGAGGCCCGCUGCACCGGAGGCGGAGCAUUUACCAAAAGCAGCCAGCAGCACCGCCGGGCGCCCGGAUGUCCCAGCGAGCAUCAGCAGACCAGCGGCGGCGGCGGAGGAGGUGGUGACUCCUCUGAUAGCGGCUCCUCCUGUGGUGGACAGACUAGUCGAUCAGCCGUGCGACUUGAGAAAGAGGCCCAGUGGCAGGAGUUCUGCGCUCAAAGACCGUCCUCGAUUCGGCCGUACUUACACCUGCGACGACUGCGGCUUUGUCUUCAGCUGCGAGAAACUUUUAAUCGAACACAUCCUGACCUGCACCAACCGGAAGGCCUUUCACCAGCCGAGAGGCAACGCCGAAGGGGACAACGACUCCAGCAAAGCCGAGAGCUCCGCCUCCGAGAGCACAGAGGAACACAGGGUCAUCUGUAAAGGUGAGGAUGAGUGGCCCGAAGCCAAGGCCGACUCCGAGCUCGCCAUCAGGUCAGCGGCCAGCGGGACGGACGGCGAGCCCGGGAUGACCAGGAUCAUCUCCAUCAAGAGGGAACCGGAAGAAGGCGUAUUCCCUGAGAUAGAGGUGGUCCGGGUCGGUGACCGCGGCAACAGAGACUGUAGAGCACGUUUCAGCGACGCCAUGCGUAAAGAACUGCAGAGGGAGAAAGCUGGAUCAGAUCACGACCCGGAGCCCGGCGUCUCGGGUCUGGAACACAGCAGCGAGCCCUUUGAAGGCCACAUGUCCAGCAGUGAAGAAUCAGGGAUCCCUGCCAAGCUCCGUAAGGUCAAAGAGGAGAAGCAGGAGGCCGACUGCGCCCCCUGUGAACUGUGCGGUGCUCUGCUGACGGACGAGGACAAGUCGGCCCACUACCUGUCCAACCACAUGGGUCACAUCUGUGCCUGUGGUAGGUGUGGCCAGGUGCUGAUUAAAGGCCGCCAGCUCCAGGAGCACGCGGAACGCUGUGGCGAAUCCCAAGGCGGCGAGUCGGACUCCCACGGGGAGGACGAGACGUCGCUGCUGGAGGAGCCGCAGGGGAUGGAGGAGGGCCUGCUGGAGGCCGCCGACCUGGCCUGCCCUCACUGCGGCAUGCUGUUCCAGAACGAGAGCUUGGCGCUGGAGCACGCCUUGUCCUGCCACGACCAGGAGCUGUUCCGCCCGGCGCUGCGGGAGGCCGGCGAGCUGGACCACCGACGCAAACACUUCUGCAGCAUCUGCGGCAAAGGUUUCUACCAGCGCUGCCACCUGCGUGAGCACUACACCGUCCACACCAAGGAGAAGCAGUUCACUUGUCAGACCUGCGGGAAGCAGUUCCUGCGUGAGCGGCAGCUCCGGCUGCACACCGACAUGCACAAAGGCAUGGCGCGCUACGUCUGCCCGGUCUGCGACCAGGGAACCUUCCUCAAACACGACCACGUCCGCCACAUGAUCUCACACCUGUCGGCCGGGGAAACCAUCUGCCAGGUGUGCUUCCAGAUCUUCCCCGGCGGAGAGCAGUUGGAGAAACACAUGGACGUCCACCUGUACAUCUGCGGCGUCUGCGGAGAGAAGUUCCGUCUCCGUAAAGACAUGAGGAGCCACUAUAACUCCAAGCACACCAAGAGACUAUAGGAACCGCUGUCAGUCUGGUCCUAAAGAAAGCCAUAAAUGUGAGAACAAACGAAUGCACUUGAACACCAAAAAGACAAUCUGCACUUUUAACAUAUAUAUGCAUAACCGAAGCAGGCGUUCACACUGCGAGCAGCGUGGCUCAUUAUUGGUCGCUCCGUUAUGACCCAGAUGUGUCUGCAGCUUCACAGCUUUCAAUCAGGUUCAUGAGGUUAUUCUUUCUGGUAAAAGCCUGAAUCUACUUCUAGCUAGUAGCUAACCCGCUAACUAGCUAACCAGCUAACGAGAUGUAUAUAAGUAUUAAUAUUUAUGAAGGAGCUGGGGGUUUAUAUUCAGGAUGAUCUUUACAUUAUGCUUGUUUUCAGAGUCUGAAAUGGUUCUUAAAGUCCAAAAACCCAAAGAAGUAAAUCUAGAGACGCUGUGAUUGGACGAGUCGGAACCAGUCACCCAAUAGUUAAUAGUUGACUAAUGUUCUGUAACUGACCCGUUAAUCAACACUCUGUUUUAGCACUAGGAGGCACCAAAGUGGAGUUUUCAGAUGAACUUCAUCUUCUGGACUUUCAUGUUUCCUUCUUUGUGACUGUUUCUCACAGAGUGAGCUCUGAACCAAUCAGAGCCGGCGCUUCGUCAGGGAACCAAUCGAACACUUGUGUUUGUUUAAGACGUCCACAUGGAGCGCCAGAGAAGACGUUCUUCAUGUUCUAGUUAUUGAUCACUAUCAUUGAUCACUAGUUAUUGAUCACUAUCAUUGAUUGAUCACUAGUUAUUGAUCACU